GGCUUGUGACAUGGCCACAGAUGUAGCUGAGCCUGUGGUCCCUGACUGCAGAGGAGAUGUAAGGAGCGGUGCCAGGUCAGAUGCUGACUAUCCUCUUCGGGUUCUCUACUGUGGAGUCUGUUCACUGCCAACAGAGUACUGCGAAUACAUGCCUGAUGUGACUAAAUGCAGACAAUGGUUAGAAAAGAAUUUUCCAGAUGAGUUUGCAAAACUUACAGUAGAAAAUUCACCUAAACAGGAAGCUGGGGUUGGAGAAGGCCAAGGAACUGCGGGAGAAGAAGAAGAGAAGAAGAAGCAAAAGAGAGGUGGAAGAGGUCAGAUAAAACAGAAAAAGAAGACUGUACCACAGAAAGUUACAAUAGCUAAAAUUCCUAGAGCAAAGAAAAAAUAUGUCACAAGAGUAUGUGGCCUUGCGACGUUUGAAAUUGAUCUUAAGGAAGCACAAAGGUUUUUUGCUCAGAAAUUUUCCUGCGGUGCCUCAGUAACAGGAGAAGAUGAAAUCAUCAUUCAGGGGGAUUUUACAGAUGACAUUAUCGAUGUAAUCCAGGAGAAGUGGCCUGAGGUGGAUGAUGAUAGCAUUGAAGAUCUUGGAGAAGUCAAGAAGUGAGAGUGAAAGACUACCUUUAUUUAAUUAUAUGGUUAUAAAUGAUGUAGCCAAAGUGAGGCUUCUAAAUCCACUUGCUCUGCAGUGAAACUGUGGAGAACCCGUAUCCUUGGCAUUUUCACUGUUCUGUAUAGGCUGCUUGGUUUUUUUGUUGUGAUAUUUGCCAAAGUUAAAUUGGGGUUCUAUCAUGCUUAUGCAUGAAGUAGAUUUAAAUAAAAUUACUGUUCCUCACCGAA